CCGAUAGUUGUCGAUAGGCGGACAGAGAACCAGAUGAUUGGCCUCGCAAUAAUGUAAAAAAUAAAUAAUUAGCUGUUUCCAAAUAAUCCAAAUUCCAAAUUCCUUGCACUACGAUCCGCCGUGCGUGUGUCUGUCGCCAGCAACUGCAUUGGCCGGCUCCGCGCACAAAACGAUGUGCGAUACCAAAGACGAUGCGCAGAAAUGGAAAUGUGAAAUUUGCACCUACGAGAACUACCCAUCCUCGCUGAAAUGCACCAUGUGCCAGGCGUCCAAGCCGCUGCUCAACGAGGACAUCUUCCGUCUGAGUCCAGCCCAGGAAAGCUGCACCGUUGCGGAGGAGGCGGCUGCCGUGGAAGUGGCCGUAAUGUCGCCCACACCCUCGUCCACGUGCUACUCGCUCCAGCCGCAGAGCCAGGCACGGCAGAGCAACGUGGCGGACAGCGAAAAAUGGCCCUGCAAGGUGUGCACCUAUCUCAACUGGCCGCGCAGCUUGCGGUGCGUCCAGUGCUGCACGAAGCGCGGCGGCGAGGCCAUAGAGCGUGGCAACCAGGACAUGGAUAACGAGGCAGACGCUGAUCGUGCAGGGGAGGCACUGCAAGCCCUUCGCAUCAGCGGCUCGGAGGAAAACCUGGCCCAUAAGCCAGGUCAGCUCAUCGGAGCCACGGCCUCCAAUCGCUUGAGCCUUAGUCCUGGCAUCGACGAUGCCACGCAUCUGAACAAUCUCGCCAAUGCAUCCCACAACCAGUCGCAGUCCCAGCACCGUCAGCCUGUCCAUCAGCAGCAGAUGCAGCUUCAGCUGCAGCCGCAGCAACAUCGGGAAUCCUCAUCCUCCGCCGCCGUCCCGCCGCAGCAGCAGAAGCAGUGCUAUGUGGCCAAGUGGGCGUGUAACUCGUGCACUUACGAAAACUGGCCGCGGAGCAUCAAGUGCUCCAUGUGUGGCAAGACGAGGGAGCGGGAGAUUAGUGGGUCGCAGAACGACUUGCACGCCUCAUCCAGCCUAAACAGCCAGGAGGAGAAUCAGCAGCAACCGCAGCAGCCAAACGUGGAUACCGUCAGCGUCAAUAACUCGUUCAAUAAGAAGCACAUCUACCAACUGGGUUCCUCGGAAACCAUCAACAACUGUGAUACGCUGCAAGAGCGGCAGGAGCGCCGCCAGCGUCAAAUCCGACGACAGGUGGACUGGCAGUGGCUGAACGCCUGCCUGGGCGUCGUGGAGAACAACUACAGCGCUGUGGAGGCGUACCUCUCCUGCGGUGGCAAUCCAGCCCGUUCGUUGACCAGCACCGAGAUUGCCGCCCUCAACCGCAACUCGGCCUUCGACGUCGGCCACACCCUGAUUCAUCUGGCCAUUCGUUUUCAUCGCGAGGAGAUGCUGCCGAUGCUGCUGGCCCAGAUCUCCGGUUCGGGGCCGGGCAUCAAGCGCGUGCCGUCCUACGUGGCUCCCGACUUGGCAGCCGACAUUCGACGCCACUUUGCCAAUACCCUGCGCUUGCGCAAGUCCGGUCUCCCCUGCCACUAUGUGCAAAAGCACGCCACCUUCGCCCUCCCCGCCGAGAUUGAGGAGCUGCCGAUCCCCAUACAGGAGCAGCUUUACGACGAGCUGCUCGACCGCGACGCGCAGAAACAGCUGGAGACGCCGCCGCCGGCCUUGAAUUGGUCGCUGGAGAUCACUGCUCGCCUCAGCUCUCGGAUGUUCGUCCUGUGGAACCGCAGUGCGGGCGACUGCCUGCUGGACUCGGCCAUGCAAGCCACCUGGGGCGUCUUCGAUCGUGACAAUAUCCUGAGGCGGGCACUCGCCGACACACUGCACCAGUGCGGACACGUUUUCUUUACUCGCUGGAAAGAGUACGAGAUGCUGCAAGCUUCGAUGCUGCACUUUACGCUGGAGGACUCCCAGUUCGAGGAGGACUGGAGUACACUACUGUCAUUGGCCAGCCAGCCCGGCUCGUCGCUGGAGCAACUGCACAUCUUUGCGCUGGCGCACAUCCUUCGGCGACCGAUCAUCGUGUACGGCGUAAAGUACGUCAAGAGUUUUCGUGGCGAGGACAUUGGAUAUGCGCGUUUCGAAGGUGUCUACUUGCCUUUGUUCUGGGAUCAAAACUUUUGCACAAAGUCACCGAUAGCACUGGGCUACACACGCGGCCAUUUCAGCGCCCUGGUGCCCAUGGAGCCAUUCACUCGCAUCGAUGGGCGGCGUGACGAUGUGGAGGACGUAACCUACCUCCCACUUAUGGACUGCGAGCUGAAACUUUUGCCCAUACAUUUCCUUACACAAUCGGAGGUUGGCAACGAGGAGUCGAUGAUGCGUCAAUGGCUGGACGUGUGCGUGACUGAUGGCGGCCUGCUGGUGGCGCAACAAAAGCUAAGCAAGCGUCCCUUGCUGGUCGCCCAGAUGCUGGAGGAGUGGCUGAAUCACUACCGCCGCAUUGCACAAGUGAUAACGGCGCCUUUCAUUCGUCGCCCUCAAAUCACACACUACUCCAGUGAUGGCGACUCGGAUGAGGAGUAGAUGCGGCAGAUCCGUCACCCAGCUUCAGAUUAGAUAGCUGUGCAUAGAAUUCAAUAUCCUUAUUUUGUACUUUUGGCGAUUGUUAGCAGAUUUUGAGACAGGAAUAACAAGUGCAGAUCCUACACUCUUGCACUCGCAGUUAGCUAAAGAAAAACUAUAGAGAAUACAUAUGCAUAUAUGCAAGCAGUUGAAAGUUGUAGUUGUAACUAAAUUGAAAGCAAACUAAAGGUUAAGCAGCAAAGUACGAAAAUAGAUUGAUCGACGUAUGUAUAUCAUAUCCGUUCCCAAUUCAACGUUCGUUGAUUUUAGUCAAAUUUAUUCACACUGGGUCGUCGAGGCAAUGUAGACCACAUAGUAAACGAAAUUGAAGCUAUACACUACACUGGUAGAUCUAAUUACACUCACAUGUGAAACAAUCCAUUAAAUGAUUACGUGUACGAAAGGCAGAUGAGGAUUUAAGCGGUGGAAUUUGUACACCUAUGUACGCGGUAGUUAAUGUGAAUACCCACGAAUACCCUAAACUCCGGGCUUAAAAUAUUGCAAAUCUCAAUGUACUAUUAAAUUUUAAUUGGGUGGCGAACACACAACAUAAUUAUGCUGCGGGUGAAUAUGAAAGCGUCAUUGAAAUGUUUAUUGAUAGUUUUUAAAACACUUUUUGGAAUUAUUAUGAAUCAUUAUACAUUCAUGCCUACAAAUAUAAUAUAUAUAUAUAAUUAUAUAACAUAUAUAUAGAAAUCCUAUGGUUCUAGACAGUUGAACAAAGGGCCAAUAACAUAAUGAAUUUUAUUCUAACUGUAUUAUAAAUGGAAUUUUAUCUCAUUAUUAUUUUUGUUAGUAAUGUUAUUACAAUUAUUAUUAUUAUUAUUAUUACCUUCUAAGAAAGCUUAUUGUGCAAAUGUACACGCAAAACGCAUAAAAAGGAAAUCACUUAUUUAAAUAAAAGUUUUAAGUAAAGAUUUAAACGGAAACGAAAUCAAUUAGAAUUUAUUUUAAUAAUCUUCCAAUUUCAUUACUCAAACUAGUUAUACUAGUAGAUAUUUCUUUAUAUAUAAAUUUACAUGUAUUAUUUUAUAAUCAUAUUCAUUUAUGUAAUUGCCUAUUCAUAUUUUUAAAGAAUACCAAAUUUAUAGCAGCAUUUAACGGUACUGCGGCACGAACGGUGUCAUCACUAACAUGACAUGCUCUUCAUAGCCGAGUCUCCCACCUCUCCAAGCUCAUCACACUUCGCGUUUUUUUUUUCUCUUUUUUUCUCGAGAAUGAGAAUUCACAUUGCGAAAUUAAUGCUCUUUGUAAUUUAAUUUUCUCUUAAUCGCAGAUCCCUAAGGCGAGUUAUCGAGCUAGUUCGAUUUCGAACUGCGCAACUCUAGCAUGUAAUCGUUAUCGUCCGAACCGCAUCUCUCAGAUACUUAGUCGUAUUUUUGCUGCCGUCGGUUUCGGUUUCGUUGCUGGUGCGGUGCGGUGUUUUUUUGCUGGUCGCAGCUCCGAUUUGAGAAUCUGACUUUUUAGGCAUUUCAAAAAGGCCACCAUUUUCCGCUGUGAUCUUUGUCGGCAAAUUGAAAUUGCAAGACCACACCAAACGCAAAUCGCACUUUAGUCAUUUGAGCUGCAAACGCAUUAUUAACCACACUCCCAUCCAGACUCACACACGCUCACAGUCUAACAAUCGUGCUACGCAGAUUGCGAAUGCAUACGGCGAAAGAUACAAAUAGAAAAAAUCUAAGCAGAAGAAAAAUUUUUGUUAGUGAAGUGAAGAGGAAGUAGUGGUGACCUGUGCGCGAGUAUUUGUGCUUUCCCCGUGUGUGUCUCUCUGUUCUAGUGUGCGUGAUUCCCUCCCCCGUUUUGCAGGCGAAAAAGCGAAGAGCACAGCAGUAUAUAGUACCUCGCCAUGGGUAA